UUUUUAAGGAGCGGGACAUAACUCGUGGACGAUUAUAGUCGGAUAUGCCCGGAUAAUGUAAGUUGACCAACUUAGAUCUUGACCACUCCCACUUUCCAAUGACGAUACACUGUCAACAUGAAACUAUAUAAGAUGCCAAAUAAAUAUAACGUCUUCCACACAUUCCAAUAUCAACUGCAACCCUACCCUUUUUUCUAGAGCUGCAAAUUUUUAUAGUGGCAAUAACUAAUAAACACACAUGUACAUAUCUUGUAUGUAUUGAAUCCCCACAAUAUCUCUUCAUUUCUUCUCUCAAUUACAGCCCCACACUUCCCUAUUUCAGUUUUCCUUUAACCUCAUUUUUUCAAAUCUUGAUAAUUCAUUUGGUCAGUGAUUUUUCUCAUUUGGGUGUCUUAAAUUUUGAAUCUUUUUUGGGUUGAUAUCUUUUCUGAGUGAGAAAGAUUAUUUUUUUUCUCUUUAUUGGGGUGGUGGGAUCUGUUAUUUUUUUCCCCCUCAAAUGAACGAAUUAGAUUUUAAUGAGGAAGUAGAGAAUGGAGUGAGGUGUAUUAUUGAGGAUGGUGUAAAAGUGCUAUUGCAAGGUUUGGGUGAAGAUAUAAAUAGGGAAGGUAUUCUCAAAACUCCUUUGAGGGUUGCUAAGGCUCUAAGAGAAGCCACAAAAGGUUAUAAACAAAAAGUGAAUGAUGUUGUUCAUGGUGCUUUAUUCCCUGAAGCUGGGUUGGAAGGUGGAAGUGGUCAAGCUGGAGGAGCAGGGGGGCUUGUGAUAGUUCGUGAUCUUGAUCUUUUCUCCUACUGUGAGUCUUGCUUGCUUCCUUUUCAGGUUCAGUGUCAUGUUGGUUAUGUCCCGUCUGGGCAAAGAGUUGUAGGACUAAGCAAGCUCUCUCGCGUGGUCGAUAUCUUUGCUAAAAGGCUCCAAGCUCCACAGCGUCUUGCUGAUGAAAUUUGCACUGCUUUGCAGUACGGGAUCAAGCCAACAGGUGUUGCUGUGGUUUUGCACUGUCUGCAUAUUCAUUUUCCAAAAUCUGAAUCAGCCUUGCCAGACACGUCUCACCAAGGAUGGGUGAAGAUACUAGUUACCUCAGGUUCGGGUGUUUUUGAAGAAGAGAAGGCUGACAUUUGGAAUGAUUUUAUACGUCUUCUGAAUUUCAGAGGUAUAAGCAAAGAAAUUGUCCAUCCCGGGGUCGCUCACCAAUCAUGGUGCCCUUCUCAGUCUUGUAACAAGUUGGAACAAUCAAAUUCAGCGAUGACAAAUGCAGUGGUUUCAAUUCUUAAGUCAUUAGGGGAAGACCCGUCGAGGAAAGAGCUUGUAGGUACUCCAUGUCGUUUCUUGAAGUGGUUGAUGAAAUUUAGAAACUCUAAUUUAGAGAUGAAAUUGAAUGGCUUUCUUCGAAGUAGAAUCAAUAAUCCAAGUCCUUAUGGUAAGGUUGGCGAUACUGAGGACCUUAUCUGUUCUGAGCUCAGUUUACCAUUCUGGUCCCAAUGUGAACAUCAUUUACUUCCUUUUCAAGGUGUUGUGCAUAUAGGUUAUUACUCUGCAGAUGGAAGUAACGCUGUUGGAAGAACCGUAUUGCAGUCAGUUGUACAUUUUUAUGGCUUCAAACUCCAAGUACAGGAGAGGCUUACCAGGCAGAUAGCUGAGACCACUUCAUCGAUUUUAGGUGAAGAUAUAAUGGUAGUUGUGGAAGCAAGUCACACAUGCAUGAUAUCUAGAGGAAUUGAGAAGUUUGGAAGCAGUACAGCUACAAUUGCUGUCUUGGGUCGUUUUUCUCGUGACCCUGCUGCGAGGGCGGAGUUUUUGCAGAGCCUUCCAAAGUUUUGUUCCGCAUGAAGAUGAUGUCUUCUGCAAAUGGAAAUAUAUAUAGGUUGUUCUAAGUGUCCCACAUUGGUUGAGGGAAUGGGUUGUUGCCUCCUUAUGUGGACGUUGACAAUUCUCACCCAUGAGCUAAGCUUUAGGGUUAAGCCUGAAAACCAUUUUCUUAACAGACAUCAAAGAAUGUUAUACCAUUACAGCAGUCAGCAAAUACAAAAUGAGCAGCAAAUAUUUUAUUCAUUUUUUCAUCCUUGUUUUUUGUAGCAUAAACAAGGGCUUAUACAGAGUCACCUUUUGCACUUGCCCUUGAUUUUCAAUGUGUCAUACUUGCCACUUUGGUGCCACCCACAUAUAUAGCUUCUUGAUUCAUCAAAUGUUUGUGCUAUGUUAAUGUUACAAAA